ACUUCCGUGUGAAGCAGGAAGUGAAGUGUCAGUGACUAACAUAGAAGUGCUACAGCUCAGCAGCCUGCUGCAUGUGGGUUGGGUGGUGUCCACCGUUAAACAGGAAAGAGGCUUUUUAAACAAAACCUAUUUAUGACCCCAUAGUUAUUAAAACUGCCAAAAAAACCAAGAUGGAUGACAUUGAUGCCAUGUUCAGCGACAUGCUGCAGGAGAUGGAUCUCCUAACACAGAGUUUGGGAGCAGAAGCAGAGCCUGCGCCGAUGCCUGUACCUCCCUCCACUCAUGUCCCUCAGGAAAUGAACUUUUCCAUUGGUUUUACAGAUCUGAAUGCAUCUCUACACGAUCUGGAAGACAAUGACUUGGACGCCUUGAUGGCUGAUCUGGUGGCAGAUAUCAGCGCCACGGAGGAAAAGUUUGCCACGGAAAGAGACACGGUUAAGGAGUCAGCUCCAGUUGCCCCAAAACCCUUCGAGCCUCCAAGUAAUUUUAGCCUCCAAGCAUCAACUGACACCUCUAAACCUGCAACUUCCUCCAACUCCACUGCAGUUCCGGUCCCACCAUCCUCCUCCAAACCAUCGAAAGAAGAGCAAGAGGAACAGAUGAAAGCAGAUAAGAUCAAGCUUGCUUUGGAGAAGCUAAAGGAGGCCAAAGUGAAAAAGCUGGUCGUGAAAGUGGAGAUUACGGACGGCAGCUCAAAGACUCUUAUGGUGGAUGAGAGACAAACAGUCAGAGAUGUGAUGGAUAACCUGUUUGAGAAGACACAUUGUGACUGCAAUGUGGACUGGUGUGUGUGCGAGACCAACCCUGACUUACAGACGGAACGGGGGUUUGAGGACCACGAGAACCUUGUGGAGCCUCUUUCUACAUGGACAAGGGACACGGAAAACAAAGUGCUUUUUCAGGAGAAAAAAGACAAGUAUGAAGUGUUCAGAAACCCUCAGAACUUUUAUUUGUGGAAAAAGGACAAGAAAUCUCUAAAGGACAUGAAAGACAAAGACAAAGAACAACUUCUGGAGGAGAACUUUUGUGGGGCCUCCGUCAUUGUGCCUGACCUGGAGGGUGUUCUGUAUCUGAAGGAGGAUGGCAAGAAAUCCUGGAAACAGCGCUACUUCCUGCUACGGGCCUCUGGAUUGUAUUACUCACCCAAAGGCAAGACGAAGGCUUCAAGGGAUCUUGUGUGCUUGGUGCAGUUUGACAAUGUGAACGUCUACUACUGCAAAGAAUACAGAAUCAAGUACAAAGCACCAACAGACCACUGCUUCAUUCUCAAGCAUCCCCAGAUUCAAAAAGAAUCACAAUACAUUAAGUUUCUGUGUUGUGAUGACGCGUGGACCAUGACUCUGUGGGUGACGGGUAUACGUAUUGCAAAGUAUGGUAAGCUGUUAUAUGACAACUACAAGGGUGCCGUGAGGAAAGCUGCAGGUUCUGCCUCGUGGGCUAACCGCACUAUCCAGGCCUCCUCCAGUGCAUCCACACCCUCCCCUACACCUAAAGCCAAAGCUGCAAAUGGACAUGCUCCUCAGCCUGCAGUGGAGACCAAGGGUCCUGGCAACCAAGCAUCUUUCCCACCACCUCCGCCUUCAAUGGAAAGCCUGCCUCCUCCACCGCCUGACCCUAUGUUGCCUCCUCCUCCUCCCCCUGCUCCUUCCAGCACAAACAAAGCCAAAACUUUUCCCACUCCACCUAAAUUGCCACAGUCCUCCUUCCCACCUCCACCCAUGGAUGACCUGCCUCCUCCACCACCUCCUCCAGAAGAUGCCGAGCUGCCCCCUGACUUCCUGCCUCCACCACCACCUAGUUUGACAUCUUACGGAGGAGAAGCGCUCCCACCACCACCUCCAGACCCUCUUGCGUCUCUUCCACCACCUCCCCCUGCUCCCCAAAACUUUGCAUCUGCAGGCGGAGCACCGCCACCACCUCCACCACCACCUCCACCCCCAGCUCCUGCACCGGCUGUCCAAAAACCCACCGACUCUAUCAAAAAAGUGGGUCCACCUCCACCAAAGAGGACUACACCUCAGCUAGCAGCGCCAUCAGGAGGCGACUUCAUGUCAGAACUAAUGACAGCAAUGCAGAAAAAGCGCACUCAACAAUGAACUUGAAAAAACA